UUGUUGCCUCUGCGUUCUUCUCCGCCAGUCUCUCUCCUUCUCUUUCUCUUUGGAAUCCAUUUCCUCGUCUCUCGCUCUAGGGUUUCGCUUCCCUGUCCUCGAUCGCCUCCGCGGCCUCCCUGCGGAUAAGAUUCUGACUUUCUUCCCAUUUCCUCACAUAUUUUUGGGUUCCUGUUCGUGGAAAGCCCGGCUGCGCAGUUGGUUUCCGAGGAUGGGUGACCGCUGGGACUUCUUAGAAUGGCUGAGUCCGGACGUCUCCACCUCCGUGCUCACGCGUAUCGACGAUCCAGCGGACCUCGCACGGGUCAGCGCCGUGUCCUGGUCCUGGCGCAUGUUCGUUGUUGCAAAUGGUUUUGGGAAAAGGCUAUGCUUGAGGAAUUAUCCUGAUGUGCCAAGUUUUUCUUGCAUCUUUGAAGUAAGUACUGUGAACAAGACUGCACAAGUUGGCUGUAGUGCUGCUGCAGAAUGGGAAAGCUUGGAGAGAGAACAUCGUGUGUAUCUGUACCUGAGUCAUUGUCUUGGUUCGUCUAAAUGUGAAAGGAAUUGUAUUUCCCAGGCAAUAUGUGCUUCCAGCACUGAUAACUAUCCAGAUGAGAGCAUUGCAAAUACACUAGAACCUAGUGAAAUAGUGGACCGUAGACCUUCUUAUUGGUCGAGUAGUGGGCAGAGAGAUCCUAGUAUAUCAGAGAGUCUAACUUACAAAUUAGUUGCAAACCUCUGCAUUGUUGAUGAGAUAAAGAUUAAGCCAUUCAGAGCAUAUUUUCAGUAUGGUCAUCCCAUAUACUCUGCAAAAGCUGUGCGUAUCCGGAUGGGGUGUUCCACAUCAGGAUCUGGUAUAAGUUGUAGCCCAGAUCAGCAAUUGGCUCUCAUUGAACAAUACCACUGGAGAUACACUUCACCAGAGUUUCCAAUGGCCCAUGAAAAUGUUUUGCAAUCUUUCAAGCUUCCUAAGCCUGUUAUCUGCCUUGGUGGUGUUCUUCAGAUUGAGUUGCUGGGUAGGGUUCAGAAACAAGCAAUGGAUGAUCUCUAUUAUAUUUGCGUCUGCCAUGUCCAAGUUCUUGGUCGUCCACUAUCACCUGUAUUAGAUCUCAAUGUUCAUGACAGUGCGGAUAAUUUAGCUGUGACCUAUUUCCCAGAUGCAAGAAGCUGCACUUUGCCAGUGAGGGUCACAGAAGACGAUGCUAGGGACUCGUCUUCAUGGCAAUCCCUUGCUUCAAGGUUCUGGCACUUGGGAGCUGUCAGACGGAACCAAGUAAUACUUAGUAUGCUGCUAGGACCCAUUCAGUUUUCUGAUGAUGAUGGUGAUGUUGAUGGCGACAAGAACAACAAUUGAUGAUCUGGAAGAGGAGCCUUUUGUCUUCUAAGCAUCCAAGUUUCUCCUUGCGCCGAUCCGUGUAAAGUAACAGGGUUUGUGUCAUAUUCGAAUCAGACCCACCCUCUGAUUCUCUCUAUGGUAUCAUAUGUUUAAUGUUCUUAACUUUUCUUAUGGUAGCUAUUAAGCUUUGUAUACUUCUAGAUCAAACAAUAUGAGCACCUGUUGAUCCCUCA